CGCUCGCUUACCUCGUGCGUUUCUCGCUGCGACUCGCGGAGAUUCUCGUCUCGCGUUUCACAUAGCGUAUCAUACAUACAUAUUUUCGUCACGCAUGUAGUGGGUGACCAGCGCGCGAUCAGUCGAGUGUGCGGUGCUGCGUUUGUGCUGCUGCUGUCUGUCUGUCUGUCUGUCUCUGUGCGAGGAUACGUGACUCCAGAGAGAGAGAGAAAAAAAGGAGAAAAAAGCUGCAGUGCCCGAUGAAGCUGAAAACGAAAAAGGCCAACGGCUAACGACCUUUAGCCUAGAUUUAGCCUAGUUCCGUUUCUCCAUCGACUCGACACGCCAGGCCGAGCGAAAAAAGAGAAGGAGGAGGAGGAGGAGGAGGAGGACGUUGCCAUCUGGCAGUGCAUUAGCACCAGGGCAGGGAUCGCUCGAGGAGUCGUCGACGUAUUUGGAACGACGACGACGACGACGCAUCGUCUCGCUGGAAAAGCUCGUGUCGUGCAGCGAAACCUGUACCAAAUGCAGCGGAGCACGCGCUGCGCAAUCGAGCUCCGGGCCAGCAGUUCGCGCGCCGCCACGAAAGCCUCGCGCAGAAAACAACAUGACGACGAGGCCAGGCAUCAGCUGUUAUUCGACUGACCCGAAAUCGCAGCCCAUCUCUGCCAGCAGAUCCGAGGAGGAAGCGAGCUACUCGUAAAGCCGUCCACCACUCCAGCAGCAGCAGCAGCAGCCUGCAGCAGUGGCCAAAGCAGCUCGCAAUAAUGCUGUCGUACAUGUUACCGCGCGAGGAGAAGGAGCACCAGGCGGCCGGCUACCGUCCGCUCAGCAACGGCGGCGCCAGCGGCAACGGCUCGGCCCGCUACUCCCUGCCCAACGGCGGCAGCAGCACCGGCAACGGCGAUUCUAGUCAUCAUCAUCAAGUACAAAUUAGCAACGGCAACAAUCACCGGGUCACGAGGACGCGCAGCGCCGGCAUGUUCGGCCGCCUCGACGGCGACUCGUACUGCGGCCCGGCCAGGCCCGGCUCGGCGGCGCCUCUGCUGCCCCGGGACCGAGAAGACGAGUCGCACGAGGAGGAUCAGCAGCAGCAGCAGCCACAGUUACAGCAGUCGACGAGGCCCAAGCCCAAGCCCAGUCGGCCCAACGGACAUCUAAAGCCGAGGGCACCUCCGCCACCCACGCACCAACAGCCACAUGCACAGACGCAUCAGCAGCAUCAGCAACAGCCACAGCAGCAGCAGCAGAAAAAAUGUAGUAUAUUAGCCAAGGACGAUAGUCUGCACAGCAUCGAGAGCGACGCCAGCACGGCCGGGAGCGAACGGAAGGCCGCCACGAAGCCCUGCAUCAGCGCGCCCAAACAUGCCAAUCUCAAGAGAGUAUCGUUCGGCUCGAGCAAAGGUUCGAUGGUCGAGACUCUUGUUUACGAGACUCCGGUACAAGAGGAGCCGGAAAUCAAUCACUUUAACGAGCAGCAGCAGCACCAUAACGGCGGCCGACUGCUGUUCACGACGGCAAAUCACCAGCCAAUCCUGCCAGUUCCCGAUACCGAUGAGGGACGAGAGAAGGUGCGAGUGUCGUUACUAGGAGCCAAGCCGUUCCCGUCGACUCCAGGUGUCCUCUUGCUGGAACCAAUAGGACCACCCUGUGAUAUCAUGGCGGCUACCCAGGUGGAAUUACUUACGGCUCACACCGACCACACCGUGCCGACUUACCACACGCAAAUGAGCACGGACAGCGGCUGGGACAAUCCUUUCAGGCCGGACGGAGAUCUGUCGCGCGAGGCCGACGAGAUCGUCGAGCUGAUCAAGGGUGGCAAGCCAAUAACGCCGACGCCCGGACAGAACGCGCCGGCGCUGCCCGGUUACGACGCGGCCGACGCAGCCGCGGGCAAAAAUGACAUUGCCUCGACGCAACGCAACGGCAACGCCCACAGUACACCUAACAAGCCCUCCAAUCAGCAGCCGAUCAACGAAAAGACGGUCGCGGUCGAGGUGAGCAGAGUAACGGCGCAGGGGCCCGGCGACGCGUCGCAAAUCGAGCACGUCACCCUGAAAAAGAAGCCAAAAUGCCAAUGCUGCGUACUCCAGUAAACGACGACGAGACAGAGAGAGAGAGAGAGAGAGAGAGAGACACUCACCGAGAGGGCGGCUUGCGGCCGCUGUGAAAUCGGGCGUCUCGUUUGCCUAGGCGCGCGAGUUUAGGCAUCGACGAGGCGCGACCGUUCAGUGACCGCCGCGCUACGUCUCUCGUAUUAAAAUAUAGUCAUCCAGGUGGCUGCUGCUUGGGAACGACCACGUCGAAUCCACUUCGAGAAAUAUAUUGUAGAUAACAGACUAAAGAAAAGAGAAGAUGUACCAGAUAUAUUAUAUAUAUAAAUAGUUACACAUAGCUAUAUUCGCUAUUGAUUAAGUGCUUUACUAUUGCAUAUUACAUUGGUGGUGACGAAAGAGAAGAGUACACACGAUGGAAAUUUUGUUGUUUAUCGUGGCGACUAUUACGGUUAAGGCGACACGAGAUUGAGGGAGGAGGACAUUUUUUGUCGGACGCGCCGAGCGCCCACGCGCGCUGGUGAUGUCAGAAUUAUGAUUGUUGAUUGUCUGCGUGUGCGCGCGCGCGCUCGCGUAUUAUUAUUACAUGAAAAUAGUUGUCCUGUCGUAAUGAUAUAUUGUUUACUUUUAUUAUAACCCAGUCGAAGCUGAUGAUUUGAUUGAAAAUUGUACAUAUUUCUCGUAGCGAUUAUUACUAUAUUAUUAUACACACAUUAUACAAAUAUAUAGAACGAUUUUAUCGAUUAUUUUUGCUGUUUAAUGAUAUAAAACGUGUGAUUACAAUGAUGAUGAUGAUGAUGAUGAUGAUGAUGAUGAUGAUGCGGUUGCGAGACUACGAUGUAUUUUUCCGGUAUGGAGUGUGUGAAUCCGCGUGUCAAAGACGAUUAUGUAAACGAACGAACGUGAGAAAGAGCCUGCAGCCGACGAUAUUUUGCUUUUUAUUUGUUUGAAAUUCAAUAGUAAUCAGUUGAUUUUUUACUUUUUUAACGUGAAAAAAAAGAAAAGGUAGAAAAGAAAGAGUUAUUUCAAUGCGGUAACAAAACUAAAAAAAAUAAACACGUGUACUGACACUAUUUGACGAUUCUCUGAACUGCGUUUGAUAAACACAACCUCGAUCGCUGCUAGUGCACAAAUAAUUACUUAUAGCAUAAGGAAUUUGAAAGAAAAUUUUGUCCGAGUCAGUGUGCUUGUUAUAAUACGUUUACGCCCGGGAAUCUGCCGACCAAAAGCUACCUUUAGGUUUUCUACAAUUUUCAUAAAAGCUCGAGUCUUUUUUGCAAGUUUCACUUCAUUUUUGGCUCAUCUCGCUCGAUGCAUGUUUCAUUCGAUUUUAUCGUUAUUAGCGUGAAUGAGAAAAAGAGAGAUUAAAGGUGCAAAUGAUUUUUAAAAGUCGAGUUUUACAUUAUUAACGAGUUAUAAAGAAAAAAAUCAUCGUGAUCUUUCUUUACUUUAGUAUCAAUUCGUCUCGUGAUAUAUUUUAAAUGAUUAGAUCGUACAUCAUCGUUUGCUGAUUUUAUGUAUUUUAUUCAAACAGUUUGAAAUUAUUCUCGAUACCUAUUUUCGUUUAACGCAUUAAAUAGGUAUUUAUAAAUACUAUACAUAAACGAAAAGAGAAUGCGUGAUUAUUAUAGAACGUGUAAAGAGAAAUUAAACUUGUAAAACAGACUGGCAUCGAUUAUACAAUAUUUAAUUAUAAAUAAAAAUAGGCAUGAUAUUAUUAAUACAAAUAAAUUCAACCGAUUAAAUCUCCGACUAAAUGUAAUUGUAUAUAUACGAUUGAUAAAAAAGAAAUGGAAUAAUAAAGAAAAUCGAAUGCCUAGAAAAUUGCUCUUGCUGUCGGAUUUUUUCGAUUAAUUAUUUACUAAUCUGUAAUAUAUGAAUAUUCAUGCGUCCAUUCAAACGCGUAUUUAUGAUGACGAAAAACCGCUGCUUUUUAUCAUGAGUUUUAUUAGAAAAUAAUCAGUCGAAAUUUUUGGUAGUUCGACUUUCAGUGAUAGCAGCCCCUACUCGACAUUUGUUAUAUCAUUAUAUCGAUGAAAUUUGAUAAAUAAUUUUGAAAAUUUAGCGCUGAUAUAUGACUGUUCUCGGAUAAUGUGGAGAAAAGAAAAAUUAUCUUUAUAACGCCUCGUUCUUAUAAUACGUAACAAAGAUAAAGUAUGUGAAAAGAAAAGUUUAAUCAUAAAUUGCGCAACUUUAAGAUAAUGCAACAUUUUCAGAAUUCUAUAAGGAAAUUCAAUUGAAGCGAUAUGCAAGACACCUAGACACCAGAGCCAAAGCCUGAAUUAAAUAUCGGGCGUCGAUUUUAUUACUAAAAAACAUAACAAAAAAAAUAUUGUUAACGCUGAUGAAAGAGAAAAAAUUUCCGCAGUUUUAAGAAUAUACCUUGAGGAAAGUAACGGCAAAAACUUUUUUAGCGAGCAGUGUCGAAUCAAAAAAAAAAAGAAAUAAAAGAUUUUUUACUACUAAAAAGUACGAUAGGAAAUACCCACUCACGCGCAAUUGUCUCUAAUAUAUUUUGAAAAUUUCGUAGCGAGCAGUUUAGCGAGUCCGGAGGAUCGCUCGUAUAUUAAAAUAUUAUACCAAAUUCAAUGUACCGCUAUCGACUUUUUCGUAUCAUAAAAUAGUCGUAGUCGUAAUUACACAAUGCGUUACGAAGAAAGAGGAAAGAAAAAAGGGUAACAAAAAAUGGAAUGGGAAAUUCGAAUAUCCGAUGGCCGAUUGAAUGGGUAUAACGUAACAUACGUGCGGCUCCGACACUUGGACGAUCCGAGAAAUUCUUGUGUAUAGAUAGUCCCUGUGCAAACGCGUCGAGUGAAUAUUUGUCUUGAAUCGAGAGGAGAAGAAAACUACAAGCUAUAGAAAAUUAUUGUAAAACAUCUGUCUCGCGCAACUGUUGAUUCUGCUGAGCUUACGGAUAAUAAACAAAAAAAAUAUUAAAUGUCUUGUUAAAAAACAAA